ACUAAACGAAGAAAAGGGGAAUUAGUUUAUCAGACUGUAUAUGGUAUAAAAGGCGAAGUCUUAUCUGCUAGCAGUACCAUUUGAUCGAAAGUAUCAAAUACGAUUUAAACCAAACUUUACAAAAUGUUCAAAUUCUUUGCCGUAGUUUUCGCCGCCAUUUUGGCCGUAGUCUCCGCCGCCCCAAAAGCUGAGCCAGGUCUAGCCUACACCGCUCCUUUGGCCUACAGUGCUCCUCUUACUUAUGCUGGUGCCGCCCCCAUUGCCUACUCGUCCUACGCCGCCCCAUCUGUCUACUCUGCCGGAUAUGUUGCUGCUCCACUUGCCUAUUCUUCAUAUGCCGCCCCCGCUGUCUACGUUUAAAUGUUCCAAUUUUGGCAAUGACUGAUUUUUAACAAUUAAUCUUGGUGUAUAUUUGAAACAAAAUUUAAGUAAAUAAAUUAUUGUAAAUUA